CUCCCUCCCGCACUCGGCUGCUGCGGAGCUGUCUGGGCGCGCGGGAGGCUGGUGGCCGCGCGGGGAGCGAGGAGCGCGGCGCCGAGGAAGGCGCAGCGGCAGCAUGAAAGGCUCUUACCUGGCCUGGGAGCUUGCGGGCGCUGUGCUGCUGCUGAGCUUUCCAACAGGUGGUACAAUACCUUCUAUUACUCCAGAAAAAUCUUCCUUAGUUGUGAAUAGCGGACAAGAAGUAAGACUGAGAUGCAAUGAUGAUGGUCCAGUGACUUGGGAUUUUCAGAACUCAGACUCUUCAGGAAAACCAAGACAUUUCAAUAAUAAGGAGUGGUACAUAAAAAAUGCAUCAGCCAAAGACACAGGCAGAUACAUAUGCAAAAACAAAGAGAGUUUGAACACCUCCAUUUAUGUUUUUGUUAAAGAUCCACAUAUCCUUUUCCUUGAUGACUCUGACCCUUCAAUCUAUGUAAGAGAGGACAGUGAUGCUCUUGUGGCAUGUCCAGUGACAGAUCCAGAUGUUUCAAAUUUCACCUUGAAAUUAUGUGGUGGCAAACCAUUUCCCAAGAAUUUGACGUUUAUUGCCAAUCCCCAGAAAGGAAUCAUUAUAAAAAAUGUACAAAGAUCAUUUAAAGGGUGCUACCAAUGCUUGGCAAAACAAAAUGGAGUUGAGAAAACUUCAGAAAAUAGAUACCUGAUUGUAAGGCCAGUUCACAAAACCCUCCCUGUUAUCACCUUAUCCAAACCCAGCCAGCUUCUCAAAGAAGGAGAAGAAUUUGAAGUUACAUGCACAAUAAGAGAUGUAGAUAGUUCGUUGACAGCUAAUUGGAUUCCUCAAAAUAACACGACUGUUAAAAGCAAAAGCAAGAAUAUGGGUGAUUAUGGAUAUGAAAAGAAAUUAACAUUGAGCAUCCGUUCAGUGGGAGUUAAUGAUUCUGGAGCAUUCACAUGCCAAGCAAGAAACCCUUUUGGAACAUCCAAUAUCACAAUAACCUUGAACGUACUAGAUAAAGGAUUUGUCAAUGUGUCUACCACGAAGAAUACAACAGUAGAUGUGAAUGCUGGAGAAAAUCUAAAUUUAAUAGUUGAGUAUGAGGCAUAUCCAAGACCAGAAGAAGAACUGUGGUUGUAUAUGAAUGAAACAUUACACAAUUCAUCUGAUCAUUAUGUCAAAUUCAAGACUGUAGGCAAUAACAGAUACAGGAGUGAACUUCACCUUACCCGAUUAAAAGGAACAGAAGGAGGCAUUUACACAUUUUUUGUAUCCAAUUCUGAUGCCAAGUCCUCUAUACCAUUUAAUGUCUAUGUGAACACAAAACCAGAGAUUCUCACUUCGGACAGACUUAGCAAUGGCAUGCUCCAGUGUGUGGCAGCUGGCUUCCCUGCCCCUACAAUAGAUUGGCGUUUCUGUCCAGGAACUGAGCAGAGGUGUUUCAAUUCACCAGCUAUAUCUCCAGUGGAUGUGAAGAUCUAUUAUAGAAAUUCAUCUUUUCCAUCAUUUGGAAGGAUAGUGGUUGAAAGUACCGUUGAUGCCAGCACAUUCAAAAACAAUGGCACUAUAUCAUGUGAGGCUUCCAAUGAUGUUGCCAGAAGUACUGCUUUUUUCAACUUUGCUGUUAAAGAACAUAUCAGUACCCACACUCUCUUCACUCCUUUACUGAUAGGGUUUGGAGUAGCAGCAGGACUGAUGUGCAUCAUAGUAAUGAUUCUUGUGUACAAAUAUCUACAGAAACCCAAAUAUGAAGUUCAGUGGAAAGUUGUUGAAGAAAUAAAUGGAAACAACUAUGUUUAUAUAGACCCAACACAACUUCCAUAUGAUCAGAAAUGGGAGUUUCCUAGAAACCGAUUGAGUUUUGGUAAAACUCUUGGUGCUGGAGCUUUUGGGAAAGUUGUGGAGGCUACUGCAUAUGGUCUGUUUAAAUCUGAUGCUGCAAUGACAGUAGCAGUAAAAAUGCUCAAACCAAGUGCCCAUUUAACGGAGAGAGAAGCCUUAAUGUCUGAACUCAAAGUUCUGAGUUACCUUGGUAACCACAUUAAUAUUGUGAAUCUACUUGGAGCCUGCACUGUUGGAGGCCCCACUCUGGUCAUCACGGAAUAUUGCUGCUAUGGUGAUCUUUUGAAUUUUCUGAGAAGGAAACGCGAUUCAUUUAUUUGCCCAAAGCAUGACGAAUAUGCAGAAACAGCAGUUUAUGAGAACCUUCUGCAUCAAAAAGGGCCUGCAUGUGAUGUCAUCAAUGAAUACAUGGACAUGAAACCAGGAGUCUCUUAUGUUGUUCCACCAAAAGCAGAUAAAAGAAGAUCAGGGAAGACAGGAUCAUAUAUGGAUCAAGAUGUUACCAUUGCCAUAUUAGAAGAUGAUGAAUUGGCUCUGGACGUUGAAGAUCUACUGAGUUUUUCUUAUCAAGUGGCAAAGGGCAUGAGCUUCCUUGCCUCCAAAAAUUGCAUUCAUCGGGAUCUGGCGGCAAGAAACAUACUUCUCACUCAUGGUCGAAUAACAAAAAUUUGUGACUUUGGCCUUGCUAGAGAUAUAAGGAAUGACUCAAAUUAUGUGGUCAAAGGAAAUGCUCGGCUUCCUGUAAAGUGGAUGGCACCUGAAAGUAUUUUCAACUGUGUUUAUACUUUCGAGAGUGACGUCUGGUCUUAUGGAAUAUUGCUUUGGGAACUGUUUUCUUUAGGAAGCAGCCCCUACCCUGGAAUGCCUGUGGACUCCAAGUUUUAUAAAAUGAUUAAGGAAGGAUACAGAAUGUUUAGUCCAGAAUGUGCACCAGUUGAAAUGUAUGAGAUAAUGAAGAGUUGCUGGGAUGCUGAUCCUGUACAGAGACCAACAUUUAAGCAAAUUGUACAGCUAAUUGAGCAGCAGCUUUCAGAUAAUGCAAACCAUGCUUACUCAAACUUUUCACCCCAUCAAGGAAAUGCUGCAGAUCACUCAGUGAGGAUUAAUUCUGUGGGGAGCAGCACAUCAUCUACUCAGCCCCUUGUGGUACGCGAAGAUGCUUGAAAGAGGAGAGGGACAUCUGGAAAAUAGGCAACCCAGAUGGAUUAGGCACUCUUAUUCUGUAGGGGACAAGAGAGGGUAGACAUUAAUGAUUUGUCUUACUUUACUCACUACCAGGGUAGUCUGAACAUUGCUAUAAUACUGUCCUUUACCACGCACCGUUACAUGUAAACUUAGUCCAUCCACCACAUCCAUUGUUGCAGUUUUGACUGAAGCUGUAUAUACUUUGCUAUAUUGUAUGUUUUUGCAGUAGGGAGUCAUAUAAACAAAAAUCUAAAUCUUAAACCUGGGUCUGGAGCUAGUUGAAUACAAACCAAACCAACUAUUAAACAGUCCAUCUCUAGAUCUGUGCCUGGAAAGCUAAUAGUCAUUUUCUGAUUGCUUGGUUGUUGGGGAUUUUUUGCUACAUUUCUGAAAUAAAUACAUACAUACAUACAUACACACAUACAAAUAGCUGCUUGCAAGUGGCAAGUCUAAAACCCUACAAAUGUCACAAGCAGGUGUUCUGAAUUGGAUGCCACGAGAAGAGGGUAACAUGUGGACAUGGAGAGGGGUGGGAGUGAAUAGAAUAACACCUCCCGCCUUUCCUCCCCAGCACCUCAGCCUGUGCAGCCACUAGACCAUUGAAGGGACUCUGCAAUUAGGGAAGGCUUUCCAGACAUCUGGGGAAGGAGAGCAUUGUGGAGUUUCUCUCCCCUUCCCUCAUGUCUGAGGUUAAGAUUUUGUCACGGGUAUUUUUGGUAAAAGUCAGGAACAGGUCUUGUGCAAUAAACAAAAAUUCACAGAAGCCUAUGACCUGUCCCUCAAAAUACUCAAAAUAACUGACAAAAUGGGGCUGAUGUGGGGGAUGAGAGCCCGAGCCCUGCUGCAGGAUGGGAAAGGGGGGUCCAGCACCCACUGCUUCGGCUGACAGCUCUGGGGCCCCCUGGCGCCCACAGUGGCUCUGAGCUCCAGGGCCAGCGGCUUGGAGCUCUGGGUUCUUCUGACACCAGCAGCUGCUGAGAGUUGCAGGGGCACCCUCCCCACCCAUGGCAACUGGGAGCUGUUCCAGGGUCCCAGCUAGCUGACAGCUCCAGCCCCGCUCACCCCAGGGCUGAAGGGAGAUGUCAUAGAGGUCGCUGGAAGACACAGUAUCCAUGACUUCUGUGACCGCUGUGACAUAAUCUUAGCCUUACUCAUGUCCCAGCCCGUAUUUCACAUAGUUUUCAUUCCAAGCAAAGAGUGUGGUGUUGCAGGGUGGAAAGGGAGUAGUACAUGCUUGGCUAAUAUUUGUAUCUUAAAAAUGGACAAAAAAUGUGAAAGUGAAAAAUCUCUUUCCGUAGUUGUAGUAGUUAGAUCUGGGUACAGAGGAGACAUUUAUAGUAGGAUCCACAUACCUUAAGGACAGGCAGUUAAUUUUUCACCUUAUUUUAAACAAAUAAUUCUUCUUCAAAUUCUUCGUCAAAGAAUUCUUCUUUCCAGAGGCCCCUUGUGUUCAUACAAGUGUAAAUUUCCCACAGAUGGGCCCACAUACCCGUAACCUGGGAAGGGCUUUGUUCUCAGUCCCUUCGUCUUUCCAGAUGAAUAUUGUGUGAUGGUAAAAUUAAUAAGAGGGAGAGAUUAUUAAUUGGGAAACAUUGGAUCUUAAUGUAGCAGAACACAAAAUAGAGCUUCAGCCUUAUUUUACAGGUAUGUAGAUUUGGGGUGAGAAUAUGUUUUUUAAAAAUACUAGCCCUGAGCCCAAGACUCUGGUUAAGUGUCCGAAACAACCAUUUUUUCCAGCACAGAUACUGCUAGUUCUUCUCUUCCUAUAUUCCUGUCAAGUAUAAAUCAGCAAAAACAUUGAAAGAAGCAUGUAGGAGACAGUACUACUUAAGUACCUAUUUAUUUACAAUGUGCCUGCACUUAAGCACUCUGUUAUUUAUACUCAACAUACUAGUCAGUCUCAUUGUUCUGAGUUUACAUUUACUUUUUAUGUGUAACUAACAGCCUAAAACAAGAUAGCUGUAAAUGCACACACUGGUAUUAUAAUUUUAGUACCUCAUGUUUUCAUACUUUAUUUUAUACAACCAUGUAUUUCGUAUAUAGUUCUAGAAAUUUGUCAACCAAUCUUAAAAUAGCCAUUUGCACUGGACCUAUCUAUGCUGUUGCACCUUUCUAAAGUUAACCAGUUGUUUGGGGGCACACUUAUGCAUAUCAUACUUCUUGUUGAGCAUUCUUGUUUCAAUGCUAUGAAAAUUCUUUUGUAGUGUGCUGGCUUUCAGAGCUAUUGUAGACAGUCUAGCUGGUAUAAUUGUAGAUGUCUUGGUACUUUGCGGGCACUUAGCUGAAAGAAUUUUUGGUCUCAAAUAUUCUUUAAAUUUAUAUUUUUAUAAUUUGGGUUUUUUUGAAACUUAUUUUGUAGUGGCUUGAUGUUUUAAAUGGUUUUACGCAUUGUUUUUUGUAAAUAUGGAAAUGUAGCAAUAAUGUCAUUUUGACUAGUCUCAGUCCUUGAGUCACAAAAAUAUUUUUAUAUGUAUAUAUAGAUAUGCAAAAACCAUAUGUAUAAAUAAUGUAAGUGUUCGAAAGUUUAUGAAACACUUUUGGAUAUGGUGUCCAGUUGUAGAAUUGCAGUUCUAAAGAGUUCAAAUAAAAAUGUAAAUACAUA